AUGUUUCCUGCAGAGAAAGACUUACGUGUAGAUUUUGUCGACUUUGUCAAAGGCCAAAAAGUUGUUGAGAAAGUUUCUGGAAGGCCGGCACCUGCCCCAAAGAAGCCACAAAAGCAGCGACAAGGAAAAAAGGAUUUGCCUCCAGGCCAAUAUCCAGAAUAUAACCGUGGUAGCAAACUUGAGCACCUUGAUGCGCUUAGACCCCAACUUGCCAAAGCACUCAAUCAAGCCUCCAAUGGUCAAUGGAAUGUGGCCAAUGGUUGGCCCAGUGUGACAACAGUUGCAAAACUCAAAGGCCUUGGCGCGACGUGGCGCGUUCAGCAAAAUGAUCUCCAAGUUACACCAAAGGAAUUCUGCCACAAGCUGGACCGAUUAAAGAGCGGCGAGCUACAUAGGCUUUUAGUGGCAGUGGGUGAGGGGUGGUUUGACUUGGUGGGUUGUGAUCCAGAAUUGGUGGAUGUUUUGGACGUUCCUGACAGCCAGGAGGCGGUACAAGAAUCACAGGGUCAGCAUUGUAAAGGUAGUUCAAUGGCGCGGGAACGGCCAAGAAGUUCUAACGCUAACUCCAAGGCUGCCAAGAUGAAGCCUACUGCCACAGUCAAGCCUGCAAACGCGGGCAACAAACAAAAGCAAACUGCGCCUGAGAACAUGUCAGGCAGCAAGAAGCCCCGCAAGUCAAAGGCCCAUUACAAAUCCAGGGCAGCCAUUGAUACAUCAGAUGAGAAGGAUACUCCUGACAAUUCAAGCAAGGAAGAAGAGGAGGUGCCUGGGAUUCUUGAUUCUAGCAACGACAACAACUCAUCUGAUAUGCCUGGUGAAGAUGAGUCAGGAGACGUGGAAGAAGAUGAAUCAUGA